AUGUUUUCUCGUUCAAGAAUCACUUCGAUAGCAUCUACAGCUUCAAGAGCAAAUCAAAUUACAUCACACAUUCAACGCAAUCAAUUCCGCAGUAUGGCAUCAGUUACACACCACAAGCUCAAUACCGGCGCUUCAAUUCCAGCUGUCGGAUUUGGGACAUGGCAAGACAAAGAUGACCAAGAGAAGGCAGUUUCAGAAGCUCUCAAGGCUGGGUUCAGGCACAUUGACGGUGCUGCAAUCUAUGGUACUGAGCCAAUGAUUGCAAGCGCCAUCAAAAACAGUGGUGUUCCACGUUCUGAAAUCUUUAUUACAACCAAGCUUUGGAACAACAGCCAUAAACCAGAGGACGUCGAGCCAGCAUUAGACAGCUCGUUGAAGAAUCUUCAAACCGAUUAUGUUGAUCUCUAUCUCAUGCAUUGGCCAUCCGCCUUCAAGCCUGGUUCCGAACUGAUGCGAAAAGUUGACGGGAAGAUGCAAACUGCAGAUAUCUCAUACGUUGAUACGUACAAAGCUAUGGAGAAGUUGUUGAAAUCUGGGAAGACCAAGGCAAUUGGUAUUUCCAACUUCUCUCGAUCAGAGUUGGAGCAUCUUCUGAAGGAAACUAGCGUCGUUCCUGCUGCUCAUCAACUUGAGCUGCACCCAUGGUUACAACAGAAGGACUUUGUGGAUUUCAACAAGAGCAAGGGAAUCCACAUCACUCAAUACUCUCCUUUUGGAAACCAAAAUGAGAUCUACGACUCUGGAAAAAACAUGGGUAAACUAAUGGAUGAUCCAGUCCUCGUCGAAAUCGGCAAAAAGCACAACAAAACCGGUGCCCAAGUCGCCCUAGCCUGGGGUAUUGCGAUGGGCCACAGCGUGAUUCCGAAGUCCAAGACUCCUUCAAGAAUCAAGCAGAAUCUGGAGGGAGACUUCAAGCUUGACGAGGAUGACUUGAAGAAGAUUGCUGGUAUCGAUAAGAAGUUGAGAUUCAAUGAUGCAAGCAAGGGAUUUGGAUACGAAUUCUUUUCGGAUCUUGAUGGAAAGAAGAAUUAG